AUGGGAUACCCACAUUACAUUUCUCUUGUUUAUGUUGUUUUCGUAUCAUUCCUACAUUUCUCUCAUUCACAUAAUGCACCACAAGACUAUGUGAAUGCCCACAAUGAUGUUCGAAAGGUGGUUGGUAUGGGGCCUAUGAAGUGGGAUGCAAAUGUGUCUAAAUUUGCAGAAAGUUAUGCCAAUAAAAGGAAGGAUUGCGCGCUAAUACACUCACACAAUCCAAAAUAUGGUGAGAAUAUUGCAUGGGGCACGGGAGAGUUCACGGGUUUGGAUGCGGUUAAGUUGUGGGCGGAUGAGAAGCGUGAUUACGAUUACAAUUCAAACACAUGUAAGCCGUUCAAGAUGUGUGGGCAUUAUACUCAAAUGGUUUGGAAAAACUCGAUUCGCAUUGGGUGUGCUAGGGCUAAGUGCAUGAAUGGUGCAUGGUUUGUGACUUGCAAUUAUGAUCCUCCUGGUAACUACAUUGGCGAAAAACCUUAUUAA